AUGGCGUCAAAUACCUUACGACCCAGGAUACGUUACAGCAAGCUGAGCGUAUCGCGAGAUGAGGUUCGCUUCUUGGAGAUCGAGCCCGCCAACAGCAUCAACGACCCCAUCGUCUGCCGCCUAGUGAACCUCCCUCUGCGCAAAGAGACCGAAUUCAUCGCCAUCUCGUCGCUGCUGGGCGAUGCGACGCAACAGGAGAGAAUCCUCUUGGACCGGUCGCCGAUACCCGUGCCGACGCAUAUCGCCCUGGGCCUGAAGCAUGUGCGCGCCGUGUUCUAUCCCGCGAUCCAGAAGAGCCAGGAGAAUGCGGGCAAGAAGAAGGACUCGCCGGGUUGGCUCAAGACCUUACUGAGACACUUGGCGGGCAAGGAGCACGACGGUGGACCGAAGCUACGAGUAUGGAUCGACUGCAUCUGCCUCAACUCAAACGACGCGCGAGAAAACUCCAAGCACAGGGUCAUCAUGUACCACGUCUACCAGCAGGCGCAAAUGGUGGUGGGAUGGGUCGGACUCAAGAUUCCCCAGACGGACCGCGGCAUCCAGCUCAUCCAGGCGUUCGACCAAGCCAUGCCCGAGGACUGGCAGGAGGAGGGCGAUAGGGAAGCGCACCCCGAGAACUACGCGCCGCACCACGAGUGGGCGAUCCCCGUCAUCGACCUGUUCGACCCGGCCGCCGACACCGCCGUCGGCACGGCCGACUUCCUGAACCGCGACUUCUUCCACCGGCGCUGGAUCCUCGAGGAGAUGGCCAUGGCGCGCGUGCCAACCUUCCUCAUCGGCGACGCCAUCGUUUCCUGGAAGCAGAUCCUGCGCCUGAACCUCGCGAUGGAGGAGUUCAAGGACCAAGAGUCCAACGUCUGCCCGGCGUCUACGCGGCCGCUGAUCCACGAGUUCCCUCUGGGCACGAUUCACGAGCUUCUGGACGAGUUUGAGAAGAGGAAAAAGAUGGCCAAGAUGGAGUCGCUGAACAGCAAAUCCGUAUCGGGAAGCACUACCAGCGCAGACUCUAGAAGCCAGUCGCGUUCAUGGCAGUGA